AUGACAGAAGAAAAAGGACAUGUGUUACGAAUGCUCAGUAUUUUGUUACUCGCUGGUGUUUAUCAGUGCUCCGCUCAAUAUGUCGUUGACAUAGUCAGUUUUUAAGAAUCGGAAGUCACGAUAAAAGGACAAUUUCAGGUCAAAAUGACAUCAUUCGGAGAAGAAGAACUAGUUCAUAAAUGUGCAGCUACGGGUGGAAACUUUGGUAAAGAUGUCUCGGAUUUCAUUGUUUCUGAUGAAAACCUCGGUUGUGGAGCCACUGUCGAUCCAGUGGAUGCUUGCGGGCCAGUGACUGUCAGUUCAUACUUCCUGAUGAGUCAUGCGUUAUGCAUUUCUUUCAGAUUUCUCGCAAUCACACCAAGGGAUGUCACAACAUGUUUGCAUUGGUUUCCAGAAGCAAUAUCAAACAUCCGUGCAAGUUUUCGCAUCAAGUACCGUCUUUUUUCGGAAAAUCAGUGUUACAUCUUGUUUUUUCCAGGCUUAUAUGGUUCAAAAUUCAACAAUGUUCCCACCGUUCUACCCAUUCCGUCUGGUCAUUUUUUACAACUACGCCGGUCAAGACCCAAUUUCAAUGGAAGGUAGCGAUAUCCCUGAUAGAGUCAACAUUCCAGUCCUGAUGAUUUCAUACGCUUGCAAAGAAGAGAUUAUGCGCAAGUUUCUCGAUUCAGCUGGGUUAGUUCAGUUAAUUUCUUUUCUUUCGGUUUAUUUAUUCAAAUCUACAGGUAUCGUCUUCGCAUUCGUAUCGAUCCAGGCUACUACGAGUUGUUCCGCUACCUGAUUCCAUUCCUCGUCGUCAUCGUUUUCUGCUUUGCCCUUUUCCUAAUCACUCUGGUGAGUCAUUGUUGACUUGAUCAUACGUGUAAUGCCUAUUGCAGUGCGUUCGUGGAUGUGUGGAGAGAAGAAAACUAAACAAAAGACGUCUUUCGAAGCGAAAUUUAAAAAAGAUCCCAGUGAAGAAGUACCGUCUUGGUGACGAGCCGGAUACAUGUGCUAUCUGCUUGGAAAGCUUUUCUCAGGGGGAAAAACUUCGUCAUUUGCCGUGCAGACAUGGUACACUGUUGUUUUUUAAAGCAACAAACCGAGAAAUAUCUGAUAUUUAGUGUUCCACUGCAAGUGUAUCGAUGUCUGGCUUACCCAAACUCGCAAAGUUUGUCCAUUAUGCAAAAGAAAAAUUGGAUCCGACUCGGAUAGCGAUUGUUCAACGAGCGAUCUCACUUCUCAUCAGGUAACAUAUAGCAAAAAACAUAGCAAAAAUGUAUCCGAACAAUGUCAAUUUCAGGAUGAUACGUUAUACGGAAAUGUUGAAGUGCAUCAGGGGUUUGAGGAACUUCCUGCUAUUCCCACCAGACCGUUUGACGAUUUGUGGAGUUCGCAGGAAGCGCUGGUCGACGAGGAUCUUGUGGUACAACAUGAAGAUAGAGGUGUAUUAAAAAAUUUUUUAGUUGACUGGUAACUCUAGGAGAACAUUUACGGAACGCGUGCGCAAUUUCAUAAAUAGAGUGAUGAACGAUUCUGAGCGAGAAGAUCAGGUGUGAUAGUUUUGUGAAUUCAAAUCAGACGAAUUUGUUUUUUAGGGAAACCCAGUGGGGCUCGAAAAUAAUGCAUACCUGGUUCGUCAGCAAUCUGGUACAAACGAUGGAAAUCAUCUGUUGGAAAAUGAAGUGUGAGUUUGAUUCUUACGAAAGGCCCGGUCCCUGUUGGAAAUUUUAGUACUGAAAACCGUCGCGCGACAAGUCGGAAAAAAUGUAAUGAUUUUCAAAACUUUCAGCUUCGCACCGACAUCCGACCACGCGACAGUGCCGUCCACGAGCAACUCGAAUGAAAUCACUCUUGCCUAG